AUGGCACAUGAAUACGUACGUAUUGGAAGCGAAGCCGCCCUGGAUGACAGCAUUAUUGGCUUUCGCGAGAGUAAGAGGCAGAAACUGCUCUUCUGGAUACGUAUUUUCUUUGAGAUCAGUUUGUGCAUUAUGGUCAUCGUUCUCUUCCAGCUCGUCUGCCAGGAGCAAAGAGCCAGAGGGCCGACUUCCGACUUGGUACCGGACUUUGAAACGAAGGCAGUGACCUUCAUGGAAGACAAGAACUUCAUUGAUGGGCCGUCCUUCCAAAACCAAACGCACAUGUAUCAUCGCCUAGCGAAGUGGAUGCAGCUCACCACGAAAGGAAGAGGUUUCGUAGACGCCGCGGUCGACAGCUGGCAAGCCCAUCGCCUCUUGAAGCCGCAUACGGGAGAUCCGUUCAAGCUCAAUCAGACUGCGUCCGCGCACAUGGUUUCCGUAUUCCACCAGCUACAUUGCCUUUCUUCCAUGAUCGAAUUCUAUCACAGAGACAUCGACGACGACAAGGCAGAUCAUAUGGCUCACUGCUUCGACUACCUAAGGCAGAGUAUUUUGUGCUCAGCUGAUACUACACUUGAAGGAUACUCGGACCUUGGUGGUGGUUUUGGCGUGACGCAUCAGUGCAAGGAUUACGACGAGGUGUUGGAGUGGGCUAAUGAGCACUCACCAUGGGAUUGGGAGGGACCAACACAUUUGUAG